UGGUGAAGCCUCAGAGAUCGAGUAACAGUUUGUGACAGGUUUCAAAUUCUGUUACAGGUGCAUUAUGCGACUACUAAACCUAGUUGUAAAUCAGAUCACCUAGAGAGUUUUUAAAACGAGACAUUUCCUGGGUAUUAUCUCAGGUUUACUGACCAAGCAUCUGUGGCGCUAAAGCUGAGGAUUCUGUGUAUUUAACGAGUUUUUGAAUGAUUUUUAUGGGCCGUGGAUGAGCCUUUGGGAACCACUGGGUACACCACGUACCUUUUCACUCAGAAACAACGGGGAGGGAUUCUGGUUCACAAUGGCUGGCGAUCAGGAGAAAGACUUGCAGAAAUUUCUUAAGAAUGUGGAUGAAAUCAGUAAUUUAAUCCAGGAGAUGAAUUCUGAGGACCCGGUUGUACAAGAGAAAGCCAUCCUCAAGACAGAAAAGAGGCUACUGCUCACAGGGGAAGACCAGGACAAGGACAGAUGCAGGACCACCGUGGACAAGACCAUGAUCAGUCCUGCACAAGCUCCUGCGAAGAACACAGAUGAAAUAAACACAGAGGCCUUCUUGUCAUCUCUGGAGAGGGAUGCAAAGGAACGAGCCAAGAGAAGAAGGGAAAACAGAGUCUUAGCAGACGCCCUCAAAGAAAAGGGGAAUGAGGCGUUUGCCAGAGGCGAUUACGAGACGGCCAUCCUCUGCUACAGUGAGGGUUUGGAGAAGCUGAAGGACAUGCAGGUUCUGUACACCAACCGAGCCCAGGCUUAUAUAAAACUCGGGGACUACCAGAAGGCAUUAGUGGACUGCGACUGGGCUCUGAAGUGUGAUGAAAAAUGCACAAAGGCCUAUUUCCACAUGGGGAAAGCCCACCUGGCUCUGAAGAACUACAGCAUGCCACAGGAAUGCAGCAAUACUAAAUGNGAAAUAAACCCCCAGCUGCAGACACGGGUGAAAGAUUACCUGAAUCAAGUAGAUCUCCGGGAGAAGGCAGACCUCCAGGAGAAGGAAGCCCAUGAAUUGCUGGACUCAGGAAACAACACAGCCGUGACGACCAAGCAUCUCCUGGAGACUCUUUCCAAGCCCGACCAGAACCCCUUGUUCUAUGCAGGGGGCAUUGAAAUCCUGACUGAAAUGAUGAAGGACUGCACAGAGCGAACUUUAUUCAGAACACACAAUGGAUUCAGUAUCAUCAGUGGGAAUGAGGUGAUAAGAAGGUGCUUUGCCUCAGAAGGGAAAGAUGCAGCAGAAGAGACUGUGUGUGUGUCUGUUCUCAGGCUCUGGCAAGCCGUGUGCAGCGGGAAUGAGGAAAACCAGCGCCUGCUCCUGGUGCGCCCGGAGGCAGGCAGGCUGCUGCCUUCCCUCUUGGCCUCCAGGGUCCUGUCCAUCCAGGAGCAGAGCCUGGCCUUGCUGCUGCAGCUCAGCCAGACGGAGAACGGCCGCGGCCUGAUCAUCAGCCACCUCGACCUGACCCGAUUGUUGGAAGCCCUGGUGUCAUUUCUUGAAUUCUCAGACAAGAGGGCCGCUUUGGCCAUGGGACUGCUCACAGACUUGGCUCUGGAAGAAAGAUUCCAAGUCUGGUUCCAGGCCAGCCUCGCAGGUGUACUCCCGGCUCUCACGGGUGUUCUGAGGAGAGAUCCCAAGGUAGCUAACACCUCAGCUCUCAGCCAGUGUAUUGCCGUCAUGGGAAACCUCAGCGCUGAUGCUACCAUCCGAGGACAGGUGUCUGCCUCUCAAGAAUUUGGGGAUGCCUGCUUGGAUCUCAUGGCCAGGUGUGAGGAGGAGGUGGACCUGUUCAGGGACAUCUUAUAUGCACUCCUGGGACUCAUGAUGAACCUGUGUCUUCAGUCCCCCUUUGUCUCUGAGGUCUGGGCCACGGAGGUGAGCAGGCGGUGCAUGUCUCUGCUGAACAGCCAGGACGGAGGAAUCCUCACAAGAGCUGCUGGCGUUCUCAGCCGCACCCUUCCUUCCUCCCUGAAAAUUGUCGAGGAGGCCCUCAGAGCCGGGGUGGUGAAGAAAAUGAUUAAAUUCCUGAAGGCGGGAGGCCAGACUGCCUCGCGUUAUGCUGUGAAGACCCUCGCCAUCUGCACGAACAGUUACCAUGAAGCUCGAGAGGAAGUAAUAAGACUGGAUAAGAAGCUCAGUGUCCUGAUGACGCUGCUCAGCUCUGAGGAUGAGAUUCUCGUGGGCAACGCCGCGCUCUGCCUGGGGAACUGCAUGGAGGUGCCGCAGGUGGCAUCCUCCCUGCUGAACACGGACAUCGUGCGGGUCUUGUUGAAGCUUGCGGGUGGUGAUGCACAGGAGAUGGCAGUGCAGCUGAACGCAGGGAUCGCUCUGGGGAAGCUGUGCACGGCCGAGCCAAGGUUUGCUGCUCAGCUGAGAGAGCUUCAUGGGAUGGAAAUUCUCAACUCUACCGUGAAGUACAUCAAGGAUUCCUGAGAGACGUGGUGUCUGUGCAAACCCACGACUGUAUGCUCUGGAUUGUUCCUGGCUAAUAAAGACCUAAAAUAGCCACUGUAGAACGGAA